AUGUCCAGUACCUCUAGACGGCUGUUGGAAGUGGGAGCAACAGUAUUGGUACCCCAUGAUCGGGUGGGUAUUCUUAGAUUCAUUGGCAAUGUGGAUGAGAAACCUGGGUUAUUUGCAGGCAUCGAAUUGAUCAAUGGGUCCCCCGGGCGUAAUAAUGGUGAUUAUAAAGGCAAGAAGUAUUUUGAUGUUGAGGUUCCUAAUUCUGGACUAUUUUAUUCUUACGACAGUAUUGCCACGUUGAAUGUUGGAUCUGCUACUGGUGGUGUUUCCAAACCGUCUGCAUUUGCUGCAAAUCAUAAUAAUAAUAAUAACAACAACAAUAAAAGGGUAUCUACAGGCACUUUCGUAACUACAGCAAAGGGAACCAAGGCCGUGAGGGAUAAAAGACUAUCAUUAGAUUCUCAAGCCACUGUCAAAGGUAAUACCAGAAGAAGUUUCACUGCCACCCUUGCUACGACAACCACCGAUUCCAGAACCCAUAAUCAUCAUCAUCAUCAUCCUUUCACCACCACCACCACCACCACUAGACGGACAUCAUUGACCCCGAUCAGGAGUGGAAUUUCUAGUACCAAUGAUUUGGCGUCGCAAAUUGAUAUCCUUACUAGACAGCAGGAUGCGUUGAAACAGGAGAAAAUGCAAUUGGCAUCGGAUUUAAGUCAAUAUAAGGCGCAAUUAGACAAUAAGGUGUCGUUGUUGCAGGAAUAUGAGAAUUCUAUUGAAGAGAUUUUGAAGCCGACAAUCGAGGAUUAUAAAUACCAAUUACAGCAAAAGGACACCAAGAUCCUGAAAUUGAAACAACAAGCUGAUCAACAAAGAGACGAGUUACGCGAUGCAAUCAGUGCGUUAGAAGAUCAAGCGUCAGAAAACGCAGAGAUUUAUACUACGGAAAUCACCAGUUUGAAAAAAACCAUUGCCGAAAAUGAACAAAUCAUAGAGUCAUUGAGUCAAAAAACUACCACCACCGACCAACCAGAAAUUAUUACCACGUUGAAAGCGGAAAUACAGGAAAAAACGGAGCUUAUUACUUCUUUGAAAGAUCAAAUUCGGGUCAAAGAAACAAUGAUCGCGUCGUCGAUUAAACAGGACCCAAUUGUUACAAAUGAUGAUGUCGAAAAUUUCAGCGUCGUGAAUAAUGGAAUAGACAGUGCGGAAUUCGAAGCGAUGAAGGUUGAAUUUGAGAAAAUCAAGGUUGAAUCCAAGAAAUUGAUGGAGGAAAUUGUCAAGAAGGACAUUUCCAUCCAAACUUUGAGCGACGAGAUUGCAUUAUUGAAAAAUGAACACAAUGUUAAAACUACUAUUGAAACGAAAUCAACGCAAAUUAAUGAACUACAAAUUAAAGACCAACAAUCAUUGGACAGUAACAAUGAAAAAUUGGAAUCGCUAAAGGAAACCUACAAAUCUCAAAUCCUGGAUAAAAAUCUUGAGAUUUCGAAAUUGAACGAGAUGGUAGCUGAUUUAUCAUUGCAGCAGGGUAUGUCAAGUGAGGUACAAGAGUUAAAGACAAUGUUGGUUGUUAAAGAGCAAGAAAUUUUCAAGUUACAAGAAGACAACAUGAAAAUUUCCAAACUUAAUGCCGAUAUUGGUGAUUUGAAGAAGCGAAAUUUGGAGUUGAUUGAAAGAUCCAACGAGGCUGAGGCAUUGAGAUCUCAAUUGAACAAUAACGAUCCACAGGAAUUAAUCAAGAAAGAUGUAGAAAUCGAGAAAUUGAAACAUAAUAUCCAAGUCAUUGACGAGUUGAAUGGAAAAAUCGAGAAGCUACAAAAUGAUAAUAGUUUGUUAACAAAUAGUGAGGCGAAUAUUCUAAGGCAAUAUGAGGAUUUACGUUACCGGCAUUCCGAAACUGAGGUUGAUCUUGUCAAGAAAAACCAAGUGAUUGAUCAAUUAAAACUGGAUAUCUUGGAGUUACGAACUACCAAUGACGAAUUGCUCAAAGAAAAUGAACAACUUAAAUCAGAGAGUGAAUUGUUGGAGGAAUUACAAAAAGAAGAGAUGCUUGAGAAAUCUAACAAGAUUGAAAUGUUGCUUGAAAGAAUUAAGGAGUUGGAAAGCAGUAACAAUAAACAAUUUUCAAGCCAAAAGUCGCCGAUUAACAAUAAUUCGUUAUCGUCAAUUGAUACUGGGAAUAUCAUUUUCUCUCCUGAUUCAGAUACUAAAAGAUUGAGCAACACCUCAUCGAUAGUAGGUGAUGAUCAGUGGGAAAACUCAAAUGUGAAAUCCGCGGGCAAGCCAAAACAAUUACGAUACUCAUCUACCCCAGAGAUUAUUCAAGGAGAGCUCCCGAUUUACAAACCCAAGGGUAAUUUUGAUGCUUCUGCAGGGAGAUCUAAAUGGUGCGGAUUGUGCGAAAGAGAAGGGCACGAUAGUUAUGAGUGUCCAUAUGAGACAUGA